AUGCGCUCUCGAACUGGCUGCUUGACAUGCCGUACUCGGAAGCUCAAAUGUGAUGAGCAAAAGCCUCAAUGCUCACAAUGUCGCAAAGGCGGUCGAGAAUGCCGUCCUAGUGAGGGAAUCGUCUUUCGCCAUCAGCAGAACGCAUCUAUGAAUAAUGAACUCGGAGAACCACCUGAGGGUCGAGGGAAUCUCAAAGGCUUCUAUUCAUACAAGAACACGUUCGAUAAAGAUAGCGUUUGGCUCGAUGUACCAGAGCGAGUCGUUUUCGUUGAUAAUUCCGACCCUUACGUCGAUGAUCUCGAGGCCUCCCUGGCUGAAUCGAGUGCAAUGGCUCUGGCCCAAGCGCAGUCGCAAAGAUGGAGUAGUGGAUCUGGAUCGAGGGCAAGCGAUACAGAUUCACAUAGUAUGGACGCCAUGUCGACGGUCGUAACCCAUGAUCGACUUCCAUUCUCUCCCUUAGACCACCCCUCCGUCUCCGAUAGUGUCUCGUAUCCUUCUCCGAACCGACCGCGCAGCAGUGCCAUGCCCCCUCCGAGUUCGCCUUCAAUAGCUCUCUCAGCAAACAGCAAUAACACCAAUAUUAACUUUCUCCUUAACCCGUCUCAGUCGAUAUCACCGCCGGUCGACCCCAUUAUGCAGACAUCUAGUCAGAGGCGUACAUCACAACCCCCAAGGCAUGCUCAUGCUCUCUCACGAGGCUCAAUAGAUCACAAGGUGGAUACGAAACCUGAAACAGACUUUGAAGUAGCUUUUCUUCUGCGACAUUAUUCCAAAGGGCCGGGGCUGUGGAUGGACUUGUUCGACGAGGGGACUUAUUUUGCUUCAAAUGUUCCCGUGAGAGCAAUUUCAAAUCCCCUUCUCAAAUACGCCGCCUGCGCAUAUGCUGCAAAACAAUUGGGUCGAGUCAGGGAUGCCCGGGCUAAGAUGGGUGAAUGCUCGCGACAGGCCAUGAUGGAGGUAUGGCCUGAUAAGGAUACUAACUUUAUGUGGGUGGGGGCCAAGUAUUAUGAAAAGGCCAUUCAGUUGUUGAUGAAGCAGCUGCAGCCCGACGCAGAAGGCCCACCGCCAUUAAGCACACCGGAGGCUUUUGGUCAGUGGCAGGCAGCUGAACUUUGCGAAGAUGGGCAGACUCAUAAGCGCCGGAGACGCUUAUCAAAUAGUAGACUUUCACGUGGUGUGCAUUCAGAUGAGGUACUGGCUGCAACCGCUAUCUUGUCAGUAUAUGAAUUUCUGGAUGCAACGGAUCCUGCAUGGAACCGACACCUGAGCGGCGUCAAGGGUUUGCUCGACGUCGCUGAGGUCGGCAUUAUGCCGCUGGAGUCGCGAUCCUCGGACGGGGACAGCCCCUAUCAUUUAAUAAAUAAGUCUCGUCUGUCCAAGGCGCGAAGAGCAGCAUUUUGGAACUUUGCUCGCCAGGAUUACCUAGCUGCUUUCAUUAAUGAAUGCCACACAAGGCUGAAUACUGAUGAUCUGAUCCUUUGGACGGAAGCUGGCCUGCAUCUAGACAGCAUGGGUUUUGUGCGUCCUAGCAACACUACAACCCCAGGGUCUGAGAGCGAAGAUAAUAUGAAAGAGGAUCAGAUCUGCAAUUCGCUGGUCUGGAUUCUGUCCAAAAUAGUCAAUUAUAUUAAUUCGAGCGAAGGCCUGAGCCUGAACGACGGUCAGUCUAUCGAUAACGGGCCCAUGAGUGUUUCGCAACAAAUGCUUUUGGAGCGAUGGUAUCGUCUCGAAGCCGAAUUAGACACAUGGUACAGUGGAUUGCCAGACACAUUCCGACCCAGUGCCCGAAUUGGACCAUCGUAUCUCCCGCACUGCAAAGAAGCUAAGGACCUAGCGACACUGCAGGAAAUAUGGCACAGUAUGCCCAUGUGCGCAUCAAGCAUGCAACAUUACCACAUGGCGCGUAUUCUGCUCCUCAUCAACAAACCUGUCGACUCGACAAAAAGUCGCAGCACAAUAACUCUGCGACUUCAAUCGUACCGCUCAAUCGAGGUUGAGAUUGGCGCUCACAGUCGCGAAAUCGUUGGCAUUGCGCUUUCUCGCCCGGAUGGAAGUGUCCGGAUUAAUUCACUGCAGCCGUUGUUUGUUAGUGGGCAGUGUUUGAGUGACCCGCGCGAACGUCGCGUUACAAUUUUCCUUUUGCGUGAUAUCGAGUCGGACCUUGGCUGGGCCACCGAGUAUCGGGUUCAGCAGCUGCUCAAGGAGUGGGAUUGGGAUGAGAGCUUUCUUCAUUCGAUAGAGACCUGA